AUGAAAGAGAUCAAAGAUGCGGUCGGGCGCGAGAGGGGCUCGGACCCCAAGAUUGAUUUUGACACGUUCGGGGACCUGGCACGUAGUUCAAUAUCUGAGGCGGACGCGAUGGUGCUGCUGGAACGGUAUCUGCAGCCAGACCUGCAGGCUCUCCAGCAUGACCAUGUCGUUCUGCGGAACCAGUUAUUCAACAGGCUCGACGCAUUGCCAGAUGCCCUCUCCAAGAGCAACAAACCAGACCUGGCCUAUGGAGCGGAAGCUACCAAUCUCGACCCCGCCGUCCGCGACCGGCUGGGCGGGUCUAUUCUGCCCACGGGUCUCGAGAAUACCGUGUGCCCAAACUUCACGGUCGCUGCCAGGGGCUCGAGAGGGGACGACUUUGUGAUGAAUAUGCAGGCGGUCCACGACGGCGCCGUCGCAGCAAGAGGGAUGCAAGCGCUGUGGUGCUUUGGCGAGGACGCCAAGCCCGUUGAAGCUGACUCGAGUAGUGUUGCUCGGAUGGGUGUUGGCCGCAGUCUUACAUGCACCUGGAAGAUGGGCACCUUGAAAAUGUACGUCACCUACCGCCGGGACUAUGCCUGUGACGAGUCCCAGGACAGACCACCCAAAGCAUCGAACUCGCCUCCGAAUUUCCCUACAUACAUUACGUGUUUGGUCGGAAUUUGGAACAUGAUGGAGAGAGAGGAAGACCUAGAAUCGGGAGUCGCGGCGUACCGCAAUGCAAUGGAAUGGGCAAAAGGUCAACGGGACGAGGCUAUCGCUCGCGCCAACAGAAGGGAAGUAUGUGGCCUGAAUAAGUGGCAAGAAGACACUUAG